UACCAGCCAGGCAGCCACGGACCCCCGGUGGCACGGGGAAAGGCGUCUCGAGCAGCAGGCAGGACGAACCUGGCUGACAUCACCGUUGCGCGUUGCUCGCGCUGCUAUGGAUCCGUAGGCACCUCCUCCCUCCCUCAGCCUUUUGGAACAGCCUGUGUGUAGUCACUAGCACUUAAUCACGGAGCGUGCGAGUCAGGAGGCAAACGGAGGGCGUGAACUAAAGAGGAACCGAGAACGGGAAAGCCACCAGAGCGCGGGACAGCACAGAGAAAGAGAUACCCAUCCAGAUACAUUUUAUUUUCUUCAUCUCUACCUGCAAACCUGCUCCUCCGGGCUUUUUCCAACUCCGAACCAUUCAGCCGUUCACCAGUGAUGUCCAAGGAACGACCGACCGAACCGGGGCUACGGGUGUUACACCAGCAGGCUAUGGCUUCACUAGGCAACAUGGAUUGCCUUGCUCGUUUCUCGCCGGAUUGUGCUGAAAUAGAAUGAAGCUGGUUUGGGUUAAACGCAGAGUGCAGAGAUGUCGGUGCCUUUGCUGAAGAUCGGCGUUGUGCUGAGCACCAUGGCGAUGAUCACCAACUGGAUGUCGCAGACACUGCCCUCGCUAGUGGGGCUCAACACCACCAAGCUCACCGCGGAGAGGGCAGGCUACCCGGACAGGAGCACCGGAGUGUUGCCAGUGAACCCAGAGGAGUCAUGGCAGGUGUACAGUUCUGCCCAGGACAGUGAGGGGAGGUGUGUGUGCACCGUGGUGGCACCGCAGCAGUCCAUGUGUUCACGAGACGCCCGCACCAAACAGCUGAGGCAACUGCUGGAAAAGGUCCAGAACAUGACCCAGUCCAUCCAGGUGCUGGACCAGCGGACCCAGAGAGACCUGCAGUAUGUGGAGAAGAUGGAGGUGCAGCUGAGAGGUCUGGAGACCAAGUUCAGACAGGUGGAGGAGAACCACAAGCAGAACAUCGCCAAGCAAUACAAGGCCAUAAAAUCGAAAAUGGAGGAGCUUAGGCCGUUGAUACCAGUGUUGGAGGAGUACAAAGCCGAUGCCAAAUUGGUAUUGCAGUUUAAGGAGGAGGUCCAGAAUCUGACGUCAGUUCUAAGCGAGCUCCAGGAAGAGAUGGGAGCCUAUGACUACGAGGAACUCCACAACAGAGUGUCAGGUCUUGAGGAGAGACUCCGAGCAUGCAUGCAAAAAUUAGCAUGUGGGAAGUUGACGGGCAUCAGCGAACCUGUCACCAUCAAGACGUCUGGAUCCCGGUUCGGAUCCUGGAUGACUGACCCUGCAGCACCGGAAGGAGAUACCAGGGUUUGGUACAUGGACGGUUACCACAACAACCGCUUCGUGCGGGAGUACAAGUCCAUGGCGGACUUCAUGACGACGGACAAUUUCACGUCUCACCGCCUCCCCCACCCGUGGUCCGGGACAGGUCAGGUGGUCUACAACGGCUCCAUUUACUUCAACAAAUUCCAGAGCCACAUCAUCAUCAAGUUCGACUUCAAGACCUCCGCCAUCAGCAAGGCACGCCAGCUGGACAACGCCGGCUUCAACAACAUGUAUCACUAUGCCUGGGGCGGCCACUCCGACAUCGACCUCAUGGUGGACGAGGGCGGUCUCUGGGCCGUCUAUGCCACCAAUCAGAACGCUGGAAACAUCGUCAUCAGCAAGCUGAACCCCAGCACGCUUCAGAUCAUCAAGAGCUGGACUACCAACCACCCCAAGAGGAGCGCCGGCGAAGCCUUCAUGAUCUGUGGUACUCUCUAUGUUACCAACGGUUACUCUGGAGGGACUAAGGUGUACUAUGCCUACAGCACUAACUCCUCCACAUACGAGUACAUAGACAUCGCCUUCCAGAACAAGUACUCCCAUAUCUCCAUGCUUGACUACAACCCUCGGGACCGUGCUCUCUAUGCAUGGAACAACGGACACCAGGUUCUGUACAACGUCACACUGUUCCACGUCAUCAGCUCACAGGAAUUGUAACCAUGGAGACAGGACUAUAAUAUACUAUAUAGAGAAUAGAGAGAGAUCAUCCUAUAUAUGAAUAUACUGUAUAUCUAUAAGAGAAAGACUUUAUGGAAAGAUCAGCAUAUAUAGUAUGUAAUAUCAUAAGACUGUCUUUAGAGAGAUUACAUCAACCAUGACUGGAACUGCAACGUGAAUGAAUGUGCACAUCGAUUGGAAUUAAAAAGACAACUGUUUACUAAAAAUUAAGGGAACAUGAUACAUCUAGAGUUCAAAACUAUAUAUUGGACUGAAAAUAACAGAUGCCAAAAAAAUAUCACGCCUUUCUUUUUUAAAUAAUGGAUAGUAACCAUCAUAGAAGAUUGCCUCUGUGGCUCUGUGUCUGUCUCUGGAAGUAUUGUAACUCCCUCCUCCCUCCUCCCUCCUGGACGUAACUCUAUGGGUAUCAGCGGGGUCCUAGCAAAGGACUAUGGGUUAUAUAUAACUAUUGGUUAUAAACUGUUUGCCAACCAGGACCCCCCCAUCGGCCCUCGGACAGAGAGAGGGAGAACCUCACCCUUCGGACAGAUAAGGGGAGAACCUAGGAGAACCUAGUAAAACGGGGAGAACUGGGACAUUAUUUGGUGAACGGUGGGGUGAACCAGGAUAUGGUGUGCAGAAGACCACAGAGUGUACGACCACCAUCUGUCACACACACAUUUCCUUUUUAUCCCUUCAGUAGCAAAUAAAAAAGUAUGUAAACAAGUAAACAACAACUUCAUGAACAUCCAUGAGAAGACCUGGGCCUGUGUUCACAAAGUGUCUCAGAGUAGGAAUGCUGAUCUGGGAUCAGGUCCCCCCUCUUAUUCAUUAUGAUUUAAAGGGCAAAUCUGAUCCUAGAUCAGCACUCCUACCCUGAGACGAUUUAUGAAUACGGUCCCUGAAGGCACUGACUGUUGGGGCACACUGUUGUACUGUAUGAGAAGUAGGUCGGUAUUCAAUCAGAGCUGUGUAGUAGCGCGCUUGACAUUUAAAUGGAGUUUCCAAUUGAGUCAAUAUCUGCAGCUUUUACAGUGAAUGCAAUCUCCGCAAACGCGGGAAGAUUGGCUUUAAAAGCCGCAUUGUCAACUGCGCUACAGCGUGCCUACUGGAUUGAAUCCCGGCCAAAGACUUUCCUGUGUUUGUGACUCUGUGUAAAACAGCCUGGAUUUGCAUGAGUGUUUUUUACCAUUCUGGUCUGCUACCUAAUGAAUGUAUUUUUGCUAUAUGAUGCUGUACCUAUAAAAGAGAGUGAUAGGGAGGGGGCGGGGUAAAGAGGUAGUGUAGUUACCUGUGGGAUUUCGGGUGGGGGGUGUUGCAAAUGUUGUUGCUUUUUCACUUGUUUGUUCUUAGAACGUUUCUUUUUCCAUUCUGAGGCUUUUUUUUGUUUAAUGUUCUUGUAUCACCCCCUUGCUGUUGGCACCGGCUUUGCUUCUCUGUCUAUGUUUAGUUGGACCGUGUGGGAGGCUCCUAUCUCAUAUCCAGCUCCUAUUUUUCAGAAGAAUACAAAAGAAUAGAAUGUAUCAAGUAAUGUAUCCUGGAGACCUGGGUUCAGUCCUACGGCUCUUCUCUCUUCAACUGAAUCAUCAUCACCCUAUUCUUUAAACUAAAGUAGCCCUUUUAGUCAAGGAUAAUGCUGUUAAAUGUAUCCCCCCACUCAC